CUAACCGCGAAACGUUUCGAAACAGCUAAAAUCACGUGACUUGGCCUGUUGCGCUCCGAAGCAUUGGUUCGAAACAAAUGAUUCGUAAAAGUUUCAAAGCUUCAUGAAGCAGUGUUUCGAAGCGCCCAUCACUAUUUGAAGGUUGAUUCCAUCUAUAAAUGUAAACACCGUGGCAAAACUGUAAAAUAUAUUGUUUCAGUAUAAAUGCGUUGGUAGUCCUCCACCACUAGAUGGAGAGAGUGGGUCGUUGUGAAAUAAAGUGAACUUGUUGACAUUGUGAUGUUCGCUGAAGGAGCACUGAAUCAAAUGAAAGCAGCAGCCUGAUGAUGCAUACUGCAAGGCAGCAGGGUUUAUCAACCACAUAUAGAGGGACAGAUGCAGAAAGGCUCAUGAGGUCACAUCCUGGACUGCUCAGUGGUCUCUUUGGGUUCACUCUUCCUUGUGUACAUGCAGCUGAAAGUGCCUCCAUACAAACCAGCAUCAGUUCCUUGCCACAGCACAUAGGCAAGCCAGAGUUCCCUGACACAGGAUGGGACCGCAUCAAAGAUAUUUUCUUCAGGGGUGAUGGUCAGAUGUACUCGGAGGAGUUAAGAAGUAUAGUAAAGAGUGGCAUUGCUGCAGCCAUGCUGGGGAUGGUCUAUGGAGGCCUACCUGGAGCCAGACAUGCCCGGGAGAGAUUCAUCCAGCUCAGCCAGGCUGAAAUUUACCAAAACAGAGUGGAUGCAGUGCGCUCCGCUCAUAAUGCAGCUAUUCGAGGUUUUGUGCGCUUUGGCUGGAGGUGGAGCUGGAGAGUAGCAGCAUUUGUAACCUUGUUCAAAUCCUCUCAAGCUCUGUCAGGCUGGAUAGGGACCGUCAGUGGACAGCCAUUUUCAGGUCUCUCCAGAGAUGUUCGAUUGGGUUCAAGUCCGGGCUCUGGCUGGGCCACUCAAGGACAUUCACAGAGUUGUCCCCAAGCCACUUUUGCGUUGUCUUGGCUGUGUGCUUGGGGCCAUUGUCCUGUUGGAAGCACUGUAAGUACAGGCCUGACAGUGUACAGAGACAAAAAUGAUCUGAGCCAUUUCGCCACAGCAGGUGCUGUCACAGGAGGAGUGUUCCGGCUGAAUCUGGGAUUUAGAGGGCUGCUGGCUGGUACAGCCAUAGGAGGUGCAUUGGGGCUGCCAGCUGGAGUUUUAAUCAUGGGUCUGCAGAAGCUUGGGGGCGAGACCUUAUGUGACAAGAGGCGACGAGAAAGGAAGGAGUUACAUGAGCUGAGAGUGACUGAAUGGAAUGCUCGGCUAAAGCUUACAGAUGACCUCAUCGGAGAAAUCCGUGGGCAAGAUCAGGAUGCUGAUAUUGACCUUCAACGAAUAGAAGAGCUGCUUAAUCAACAUAGGAACGAGAAAGGAGCACAGGGCUCUGACAACAAGUGACUUCACAGACUUGAAAGUGUUAUUGGACACUGGCAGAGGUGCAUAAACCCUAUAUGCAGUGUAUGCAAUGGAAGGUGAGAGAGGGGCACUAUUGUAAGUGUUGCAUACAUUGUCAAAAAUGGGUAGUUGCGCCCCUGGACACAGGUGCCCAAAAACUGCUUCUGAACUCUGAAUUCUCAGAAUAUUUUUGUUGGCUGAACUUGCCCAAAGUUAUUUAAGCCUGUAAAUUAAAACACUUUGCUGAAAAUUGUAACUCUCAUAGACCUGCUUGCAGUAUUUGUGUAAAUUUAUCAUCAUCUCUGUGAUAAUUAUUUUCAAAUACAAAUUUUAGUACAUCUUCAUGACGCAAUAAGAAAAAAUAAACCAAUUGGUAUAAGGGGAUUGCAUGCAUUUACAACUAACAUAACAUGGUUAAGUGUUUCUGUAGGUUUCUAUAAUUGACGAUUAGACCAUACUAGUGCCAAGAAGUGCACCGGAAAUAGAGGAUUUUCUUUGUCUCUGAGCAGUUAACAAAUGUUAUUUAUUCUACACAGCUGAGGUAUGAGAUUAAAUAUUAUUCGAGAUAAA